AUUACGAAAUUAAAGUUCGAUCGUUGGGGCUGUUGUUAGGGGUGGCGCCACUGCGGGGGUGCUUUCAGUCUAGGUCGCGAAUUAUUGAUUCGCUCAGCUGCUCUUUGUGUUGUGCUUCGCCAACAUAACAUUGAACAGCUGAGGAUCGCUUGGCAGUCUUUUCACGUCUUUUGUGUUUGCUGGUUGUGUGGUCGAGGUGGUUAGCGUUUUUGGACUGAAAUUGUCGUUUGUUGGCAGUUCGUCGACUCCGGAAGGUGUUGUGCGGACAUGUGAUUGAUUGGGAAAAUUUACACCCAACUCCUGAAUGUUUUGUUGCAGUCGGCUAACGAGGCUUGGGGAGAGGAUGGUCAGUAUGAACUCGACCCUCGUCGAAACGGUCAGCAUCAACUAUGAAGACUUCAACGAAAGUUUUCUCACUUGCGGCACUUGCCUAUAUGGCCUAUGGACCGGCAUGUACGACGGCAACGAGCACACCCCCAAGUUGCUUCAAUGUUCGCACACCGUUUGUCUUCAUUGUUUGACGAAGAUCGCCGCUUCCCAGACGAGGGAUACGGGCUCCUUCAGAUGCCCCAUCUGCAGAGAACUGAUAACAAUACCACGAGGGGGCGUUUCAGCCUUGCCACCCUCUUUCUUAGUCAAUCAGUUGCUGGAUCUCAUGUCGAGACAGCGGAGAGAAGUCAUACCGAAAUGCUCCGUGCACAUCAACCAAGAAUUGCUCUUCUGUGAAACAUGCGACACUGUUUUUUGCACGCUGUGUACUGAAGGAUCUCAUAAUGACACAAUCAAUAGUUGCGAACACACAAUCAUCCCUUUUUCGAUCGCGAUCAAGAGGAUGUCGGAGAUUUUGUUAUAUAAGGCCAACGAGUGUAUUUCAAAGUUGACGCAAGCGCAAGAGGGUGUCAGUUCGGAAUUGCGGAGGUUGGAUACAGCCAAAGAGAAUUGUCUUGAUCAGAUCAAUGCGACAUUCCAGAAAGUUCAAGCGUUUUUGGAUAAUAGGAAACAGGAAAUGAUCGAGGCGUUGAAUUCGACGUGUGCGGAAAAAAGAAGGGUCUUAGAAGAACAGCAUUCUUUAAUUGAAUGCGAAAAAAAUAAGGUGGAACAAGAGUGUCAAGGCCUCCAGUACCAAGUUGAAGUCCGCAACAUAACCCAACGCAUCGAAAGUCUCACCGAGAAACUCGACGCUGCUUCGAAUUUAGGCGAACCGCGCGAAAACGCUUUUCUUUCGUGCGACUUCGCCCAAAACAACAGUCUCGAAAUCAUUCAAGAACAAUUGAAUGUGUUAGGUCGCGUCCGUACCAGCACCACCUUCCCUAGUUUGUGUUCGGCGAAAGUAGAGGGCGACAUAAUCGCCGGUAUCGAAACCAGCAUCAUUCUCAACACCGUCGACUACCACGGCAAUCAGCGUAAAUCCGGCGGGGAUCCGAUUGAAGCCGAAUUGUUACCAGUCACACCCGAGCAAAACACCAAUUCCGUCCCGUUGGAAGUGAUAGAUAAUGAAGACGGUACUUAUGUGAUCAAGUUUAGAGCACUCAAAUCGGGACGAUAUGGUGUCAGAAUAUCGAUUUUUGAAAGAUCGAUUAAAGAUAGUCCGUUGUUUUUCGACGUUUCGGAACACAACAACCCGGUGAAGACUUAUGGGUGUCAUGGGAGUGGUAAAGACGAGUUUAUACAGCCUGUAGCUGUUGUUGUUGAUGAAAGUGAUCAGAGCGUCUAUGUUCUGGAUACGGGCAACUCGAGAAUUAAAGUUUUGAAUGAAAAUCUAGAAUUCGUCAAACACAUCACAAACGAGGGACUACUUGGCCGAAGUUGCACUGGAAUAACUUUGUCAAGUAAUGGUUUAAUUGUUGUUAAUUGGCGAAAUAAGAGCAUCACGGAAAUGUCCAAAGAUGGGGAGACUAUUAAGACGUUUACAUAUAAUGCGUUCCAGGAGCCGAUAGAUGUCGCAGUUGACAAAAAUUACGGACAUAUUUUGGUUGCUGAUAACGGAAUGAAUUGUGUGUUUGUGUUUGAUGCAGAUGGGAAAAUUUUGUUCCAAGUUGGGAAGAAAGGAACAUUCUGUCAAAUUUCUUCAGUUACUGUUGGACCCAACAGCGAGAUUGUUGUCGCUGAUUACAGGAUACAAGUUUUCUCGGCGAAAGGAGACUUUAUGGAUGUGAUAAGGGACGAAGGGAAAGGUAAGGGGCGCUACGGGGGCGUCGCUAUAGAUUCCGAUGGGCGUAUUUUAGCGAGUCGAUCGGAGCAAAAGGGGAAAAACUACCUUCAAGUGUUGAGUCUCACUGACAGUAAUGUCAACAAUCACAUUGAUUCUCACGAGAGCAAGUUGAAGAGGCCUAGUGGUGUGGCGGUCACUACAGGCAACCAUGUCAUAGUCGUAGAUUUAGGGAAUAAUUGUAUUAAAAAAUAUCGAUAUUGGUGAAAUUUAACCGUUGUACUGGCUAUUCUUUGGCUGCAUUUGCAGUAGUCACGGUUUUGAACACAUUUUGUAUUUUGUUUCGUGUUGUACCUGGUUUAGGACAGGUCAGUCAUUGCUUCUCGCCACUAAUGUAUCAUUAAGCAAAAUGUAUUCAAACGUUGCAACAUUUGAUUAGUUAGCUUGACUAUAUUAUUAUUUUUUACUGUUGAAGGAAGCUAUGGGAGGUAAUGUUAUUGAUUGUUGAAGAUUGAAAAGAGCGAUGGAUUUUUACGUGUUUUUUUUUCUAUCAAGUGUUGUGCUCUUUAGUUGAAACCGUGCACGAUAUUGCAGACUUAAUAAUAACUGCUUAUAUGGUUUCACCCAGUUUUUGUACUUAAAUUAAAAUACUGUUUUAAUUUUUUGUACUGUUUUUGGAAGUAUACUUUUGUUUUCUAGUCAUUCAUUGCGCAUAUUUUUAUACUAUAUAGUACAAUUGUUUUGUACACAAUAAAUUUCUUGAUAAAGCUUGU